AUGCCGAUAGGGACAACGAGGCUUCCGCCCCGCCGAGUUCCCCCUGAGCAGCCCGAGGCUGACCUUGUCGCCGACGAGGACGAGUACGGCGCUGAGGAGCGCGAGGAGGAGGAGGCUGAUGGCGCGCUCGAUGGUGGUGCCAACGGCGAGAAACCCGCCGGCGAGGAUGCCGAGAUGGCUGGCGUUGAGAACGGCGAGGGCGAGGCUGCCCCGGCCGAGGAGGAUGAAAUGUCGGACGACGGAAGCGUCGAUAUCGAGGGCGAGAGCGAGGACGAGCUGGAGGAGGAGGGCGAGGGCGAGGCUGCCGAUGACGACGCCAUGGACGUCGACGCGUCGGGUGACAAGCCUGCCGCCUCAUCCAGUAAGGCCACAGAGGUCGCUACCCACUAG